CAUCUUUCUGCCUGGCUCCUUCCUCCCUCCCCUCCAAGACUCUCCAGUGUUUGCAGAGUGAUUCCUACCCAAAGAGAAUCUUUUCUGGCUCCCUAACCGGCAGGCUAAGGCCCUCCUCAGUCCAAGACAAGUCUAAGCCGGAGCCGGAGCUGGAGCUAGUGGGGUUAUUUGUGUCAGGUUCAGUUCCAGGGGAACAGUUCUAGACCCUGACUGCUAAGGGCAGGGCAGAAAAGAGGCAGGAGAGGAAAGGCAGGCUCCUUAUUCCAGCCCAAGUUGGAGAAGGGCUCUGUACUGUUGCCUUUCCCACAGGGAUACCUGCUCUCACCUUGACAGCCAGGCUGAGAAAGGACUACAAGGUCCCUGCAGAAUGACAACUCUUGUUCCUGCAACCCUCUUCCUUCUCCUCUGGACUCUGCCAGGGAAGGUCCUCCUCAGCGUGACUUUGGCAAAAGAGGAUGUCAAAUCUGGGCCCAAAGGGUCCCAGCCCAUGUCUCCCUCUGAUUUCUUGGAUAAGCUUAUGGGACGAACAUCUGGAUAUGAUGCCAGGAUUAGGCCCAAUUUCAAAGGCCCACCUGUGAAUGUGACCUGCAACAUCUUCAUCAACAGUUUUGGUUCCGUCACUGAGACCACCAUGGAUUACCGGGUAAAUGUCUUCUUGCGGCAACAAUGGAAUGACCCACGCCUGGCCUACCGAGAAUAUCCUGAUGACUCUCUGGAUCUAGACCCCUCUAUGCUCGACUCUAUCUGGAAGCCAGAUCUCUUCUUUGCCAACGAGAAAGGGGCCAACUUCCAUGAGGUGACCACAGACAAUAAGUUACUACGCAUCUUCAAGAAUGGGAAUGUGCUCUACAGCAUCAGAUUGACCCUCAUUUUGUCCUGCCCAAUGGACCUCAAGAACUUCCCAAUGGACAUCCAGACCUGCACGAUGCAGCUGGAAAGCUUUGGCUAUACCAUGAAUGACCUCAUGUUUGAGUGGCUAGAAGAUGCUCCUGCUGUCCAAGUGGCUGAGGGGUUGACACUUCCCCAAUUUAUCUUGCGGGAUGAGAAGGAUCUAGGUUAUUGCACCAAGCACUACAACACAGGAAAAUUCACGUGCAUAGAGGUAAAGUUUCACCUGGAGCGGCAGAUGGGUUACUAUCUGAUUCAAAUGUACAUUCCCAGCCUACUCAUUGUCAUCCUGUCCUGGGUCUCCUUCUGGAUCAACAUGGAUGCUGCCCCUGCCCGUGUAGGCCUCGGCAUCACCACUGUCCUCACCAUGACAACCCAGAGCUCUGGAUCCAGGGCCUCUUUGCCUAAGGUAUCCUAUGUGAAGGCCAUUGACAUCUGGAUGGCUGUAUGCCUGCUCUUUGUAUUCGCUGCCUUGCUUGAGUAUGCUGCAGUCAAUUUUGUCUCUCGUCAGCACAAGGAAUUUAUGAGACUUCGUAGAAGGCAGAGACGGCAACGCAUGGAAGAAGAUAUCAUACGAGAAAGUGGCUUCUAUUUUCGUGGCUAUGGCCUAGGACACUGCCUACAAGCAAGGGAUGGAGGUCCAAUGGAAGGUUCCAGCAUUUAUAAUCCCCAACCUCCAGCACCUCUUCGAAAGGAGGGAGAAACCAUGAGGAAACUCUAUGUGGACCGAGCCAAGAGAAUUGACACCAUCUCCAGGGCUGUCUUCCCCUUUACUUUUCUUGUCUUCAAUAUCUUCUAUUGGGUUGUCUAUAAAGUUCUAAGGUCAGAAGAUAUCCACCAGGCACUGUGAACAGGGUGGAGGUUAUAAUGCAUAGCUGCUGGCUUCCUGCUUCCACCUGGGUGAGCUUCUCUCCCUUCCAUCAAACUCUAUCAGGAGCAUAAACAGUUCCUGCUUGACCUCCCACUCAGAACUUCAAUCACCAGUUCCCAAGCUACAUGGGAAUUGCCUAGUGCCAAAGGUGGCUAUACUUACAAACAUGGCUUAUCUACCCAAUCCAGAUUUACUGCUUACUCUGCCAUCUCUCAUUGUUUGUCCAUCUGGCUGAUUCCAGAGUGACUUUCUGUCAUUGCUGGGGACCUUCUGGUUUUUGUCAUCUUCAUCUUUUCUACUUGUAUUCAGAGCCUGUCCUUUAUUUGGCACUUCUCUCCCUCCUACUGCAAGCUCACAUAUGGAUUCCUCUCAGUCCACAAAUACUGCUCUGAAUGAUCUAGUCAGAUGCCCUUACUGAUAGAAAGACAAAGGCACAGAUUUCCCACCACCUGGGGUAGGGCACUGGUAUAUGGUCCAACAAAGAGAGGUUCACUUCUAGAAAAGCUAUCAAUUUUUGAACUUGGUCAAGAUCCUAGGACUCUCAGAAAGUCUACCCUUCCAGGUCUACCUAAACUCCUCGCCCCAGACAUAUUUGUUCUAGUCCUUAAUCAAUUAGCAUGGCCACGGGUUUUGUUAUGCUGCUCGGUAGGAAAAAGGAGGUGGUGGGGAGCUUAUGCUUUAAGAAAUUUAUUUGCUGAUCUAGGAAAAAGAAAAAAAGAAAAUCAAAAAGUACUAAAACUUAAGAAGACUGGAGUAUAGAAACAAGCUUUAGAGAAACUAUUAAGGUUCUUUUUCUCCAAAGUCCCUAUUUUCCAGGACCUCCUAACUUUCUCCUGCACCUCCUCUUGGCAAGCAGGUGCCAUGCAACCUUGUUCUUGAUAGUAUAGGCUUCAAAGUUCCUGAGGAGGAACUAGGCAUGUAGAGGGUGUCUCUAUCUCAGCAUCUAGAGAACUCAACCUACCCUGGGUAGUAGCUGUACAAGCUGGAGAGCCGUAUUCUGGAUUGUUCCUUUGCCCUUUUUGUGCUUCCCUCUCUUCUUCCAUAGGAUUCAGAUAAGGCUACAAAAAAGGUCAUAAAUGGAUUGGUGUGUCAUAGGGAUGCAUGGGCCUGGUACAGUGAGUUCUUUGAAGUGUUCUGACUGUGAGGAACAUAGAAAUGAGAUGAGAAACAUAAGAAUGUGAGGAUAGCAGUUGGAAUACACAAACAAAUAACCUCUUAAAAUAGUGGGUCCUUUUCUCUGGACCCAGCAUAAUAAUUAUGUAAUAGGGCUCUCCUCCUUCCCUUUCAUCUCUCCUUUCUCUCUCCAUCUCCCUCUCUUCUCGAUCUCAUUUCUUUCUCACUACUUCAUUCCACAUAGUAUUCCUAAUUCAAAGUCAAUUAAGUCCAAUGAUCAAUGUAAAUAUAGUACAAGGACAAAACCAGCCUUCUUUCUCCAUUUUAAUAUUGAAUUUGUCUUAUUCAUUGAGAUACCCUUUGGUCUCCCUUGAUUUUAAAGACAGUACUUUGGAAUGACUAAGGUAGCUACCCUAUAUUUAUUUAUUUGUUUGCUUGCUUAUUUAUUUAUCUUUCUUUCAACAAGGUGUUUCUGUAUAUCUUAACAUACCCUGGAACUUACUUGCGGCCCAGGUUCGUUAUGAACUCAUAAUCCUCCUGUCUCAACCUCUCUGGUGUUAGGAUUAACAGUGUGUACUACUACAUUCAGAUCUUGAAAUUACUUUUAUUGGCCACAUUAGCACUCUCAUACCAAGAAUCAAAAAUUUACAACUGGUUUAUUGGAGGAGAUUAAAUUGAAAAGGGAAGAGAGCCCCUAUGUUCCUAGUUCUGCCCAGGUAGUGCCAAUCAAUGAGAGGCCACAAGCAAUACCCUUUUGAAAGGAGCAGAGAGUAUCUCUUUGAUACUGUCCCUGAUGGGGCUGGGGUGUCAGGCUGCUGCAGCCCGGAGGCGGGGAUGGUGGGGGUGGACUAUGGAGAUGAGCUUACUGCACAGAGCUCUACUUGUUACAGAUCUUGUCCAGAUGGGCCAACUACACAAAUCUGCCCUGUUGGAAGUCUCAAGAACAAUGCUCUGGAGACAGCUACAGUGCUGAGCAAUAAAGGCUGUCCAACUGGGACUCAGAUCAGGGCAUCAGCUGGUGCUGGGUGCCGAAGAAGCCAAAGUACCAACCAACAUAAUAGACCAAAGGAAUUCACAAAGCCACUCAGAGCCAAUGCCAGGUGGAAGGUACUAUCCUUCUCACUAGAGCCCCUAAGCAGAGGAAGUAUAUGCACAAUGCCAACAUUGGAUCUAGUACAGAUGGCUUUCAUUUUCUUUAUUCUUCCCACAUACAUUCAGGGACUGGAGAAAUGCUAGGUCUCACUGAGGGGGGUUGACAUUUAGCAGUCUGUUCAAUCACAAAAUUGUUAAAUUACCAAUUAAUUGACCUCACUUGGAGGUCAUGUCCAUUUAUCAGCUCUCUUGUAAUACUUACCCUCCCCCAGUCCAAUACUAAUUUCUCACUGAAUCACAUCUGAUGUGAUUCUGAGAUUUAAACAGCAUUUUUAAACGGGUGGAGGCUUCCUAUGAAGAUAACGUGUUUUGGAUAUUUUCAUUAAUUCUUUGUUAAUAUUUAAUGUUGGAUAAAUAUUUCAUAAAUGCAUUUUUCAAGAGGAAAGGCUUUAUUUAUUCAGUUGUUAAAGCUAUUAGUGCCUCCAUCUUCCUUACAGCUUGUUCUGCCUUGUGGGAUGCCAGUGGUUUAGCCUCUUCUGUCUCUUUAACCUACUAUUAGGUCCUUUUGCUCUCUCCAAAAAUUCACAGGCCAAGCAAAAAGAAACUUUCUAAGUGGAAGAAAUGUACUGAAUAAAAUGUAUCCUUUAUCUUUCCCAUAAGCAUUUUCCCACCUAUUGUAAAAGAACAGGUACCCUUCUGUUUAAAGUGUUAGACUGAUUUAAAGAUACUUUCUCAUUUUUUGCUGAGUCAUACAAAUGCCUCCCUCAACUCUAUCUACAAUGUAUUACUUCUUUUGAAAUUUUUAUGUGUCCUCCCACUUCUCUUAUUGUUUAUAUCAGUGUUGGCAUUAUUAGUCUUAUCUCAUUAUUUCAGGGUACCAAAAUCUCAAAAAUUGUACUUCACUACUCUGGGAUUUAUCUUGUUAGGCUGCACUGUUAAGGAAAACUAACCAGUCUAGUUCAGGAAUCACCCAGGGGUUAGGAAGCAAGGUUCCACUCACUGAUUCAAUGGAAGAAUAAGCUUUUUGAGGGCAUGAGAUGCAUUUUAUAUAACUUGUUAUCCUGCACAGCUCUGAUACCUAGUAAUACAUAAUAUGUGUGAUUAUAAUAAAAGCCUAUCUUUCCACUUGCUAUA